UUUGUUUCAGUAUCUUUGAACAGUUUUAGCUUUAGUUGUACUGAACUGAAAAAUGUAACAGAAAUGGUGCAGAGUAAAAAUUGUGGGGGAGGAGGGGGAAAUAAAAAAAAGGAAAGAAAGAGCCAAUUGACAAAGCGAACGCGAGAUAUUCUCUAGCUGCGGCAGAUCAAGCAGCGCUGGCGCAGCUCCACGCCCAGAUCCACCCUGCGUAGUAGGUAAGAUCGCGCCCGCCAUGGCCAUCGGCAGCGACGCUGCGAGCAUGGUGGCCGUCGGCCUCGUGUGGGGCGCCACCAACGCCCUGAUGCGCCGCGGCGCGCUCGUGUGGGACCGCCGGCUGCGCUCCCUGGCCCCCUCCACCACCUCCUCCUCCUCCGUCGCCGGCGCGUUGCGGCGGUGGGCGGAGCUCCUCCUGACGUGGCAGUACUCGGUGCCGUUCGCCGCCAACCUCUCGGCGUCCGCCGCCUUCUUCAGCCUCCUCGGCGCCGCCCCGAUCUCCGUCGCCGUGCCCGUCACCAACGCCACCACCUUCGCCGCCACCGCCGUCGCCGCCGCGCUCCUCGGCGAGGGCACCCGCGCCGCGCCCGCCGCGGUCGGCACCGCGCUCAUCGUCCUCGGCGUCUGGGUCUGCAUCUCCUAGCGCCUCGAAUUGUAAAAGUAGAGAGAAAAAAAAAAAGCCCUUUCUUGAUAAUCUCUGUACUCUUUUUGGCAGAGAAGAUGGAAAUUUGAUGAAAUGGUCAAAAGCUUCUCGAAAUGAAUGGACUAUGCUCAUGAUCUCCAUAUUUCUCCAAAAAUGCAUCUCCGGCAAUGACCUUUGAAAUGUCUUUUGCAAACACACAACUUCAUAUCUGAAAUUGAGAUGGAACAAUAAGAAAUCAUAAUGCACGCAGAUACCUGAAACCAUGCGCGGUUUUGGUGAACACGAUGCCAAGAGUGAACCUGAGGCGGUAUGUUGAUGUUGCACAGAUAA